AUGUUUCAGUGGUUUCCCGGCAGCUCAGCACCGACUGUAUCAAACCGUGCUUCAACCGAAUGUGUAAGUGAAGCAAUGCGACAAUUCUAAAUUCAGCAAGGGGGUGGGCGUCAAAACCCCCGGUCUUCUAUAGUUGGUUUUGUUCGGCACCGAUCCAAACCGAUUGACAACGAUUCUUCCUGUUUUUUCCUUUCUCGACAGCCGCGCCCCGAUUUUGUUUUCGGGGGACAUCCACAUGGCCCAAAUCCUGCGAAAAGAUUGCCGAAGGAUGGCAUCGGGCACGGACCUGGGCAACGAGGGAGAUUCGGGGAAGGGCGGCAGCCAACGCCACCGGACACUGCGACCGCUGUACGAGGUCACCUCGAGCGGGAUGACCCAUUCGUGGAGUUCGAACAGCGGCCGGUGCGGGAGACCCAAGAACAGCAGGUUAUGCAGCUUUUAUCCCUUCAACGUCCUGGUCGAGAUCGUGAUGACGUACGCACACUACGCAAGCCCGUGGACGGCUCUCUUGCGCGGGAACGACGACGACCGCGGGGACGGGAGCCGUGGGGCCGGCGGCGGGUCGCGGGAGAGACGAGCCGGUGCACAGCAGCGGCAGUACACCCUGGAGCGAAACAUUGCCGAGGUCGAGGUGGACUGGGAGGAGAGCGUGGUCACGGUUCGAAUCCUGGGAGACCGGGGCCAGACGCUGCUCCGGCAGGACUGGUCCAUGGACCGGUUGACGGGCGGGGGUGAACCGGGGAUUCCCGGCGCCGGAUCCCUGCUCGGGGACCCGUCCUUCGAGGAAGGGCAGAAACGACUCGAGUCUUCGCUUCGGCGCGGCUUUCCGAGCGACCACGGCGAGUACAUCUGCGUCAACUACCGCGGAAACAUCGACCGGGUGCACUUUGCAUUUUCCGUGGUUUCCACGAUCGGGGUGUUUGUGGCGAUCGGGACGUAUCCUUUCUUGCUCUGCCUCGGCGUCCUCGCCCGGUGGGUCCUCCGGCGCCACGGGAAGGCCAGCCCACCGGUCCGCCGGCGGAGGGAAGCCGGCACGGGCAAGAGCACGAGCGGCAAAGCCGACCGACCCAAGACCGAUUGAUCCGUGGACCGGCGGGUGCCGUGCCGCCCUUUGCGCCGUGCGAGUUCCUUCCGCACGUUCGUGCUCCGAAAUCAUCGAGAAGAAAGGACGCUAUCGGAU